ACUUUGUUUUAGUGACUAUAGUCAAAACCUUGCAGCUGAAAGUAUCAUUCAUUUAUACGCUUUACUGGUGAUUACAGACGUCAAAUAUAUCUCGUUUGGGUAAAAAAUACAAGGAACUUGAUACUCUGUGCAGUCCGUACUUGUAUUUUGUUCGGUAUUUUAUUCAUAUGUCGCGUUGUUUAUCUCUCACCCUGUGUUCUGUGUUUUGGUGAGGAAAAUGUAAUGGAGAAUAAAAAAUGGCUACACCAUCUAAAAAACUAAAGAUUGAGGCAAAUGGAUCUCGUUUGAGUAAACUUUUAGUCAAUAAAGGAACCCAAGCCUUACAAACAACAUUUCAAAUCAUUAUAAGCUUGCAAUCAUUAAACUUAAAAGAUAAACUUAAUGAUGCUUUUAACAAAAGAAAUUGGAAUCAUUAAAAGAGAUAAAAGUCGUCAACGAAAAGCAAUGGAACCUUCUUUACCCGUCAACUGGUUCACCUGACAUUGAAAACUUUGAUAUUUCAUUAUUAACUGUCUUAUUACGUAGCAUAUGUGGUCUAAAAGCGCCACGUGGUGGAUGGGAUGAGCCUUACUCUUCAGAUACCUCACUCUCAGCAAACAUUGCAAGAAUAAAGUUAUAUCGAAACAAAGUGCACGGUCACAUAACUGAAACUAGUGUAGAUGACAGUAAGUUUGAGUACUUGUGGCAGGAAAUUUCAAAAACAUUGGUUGGUCUGGGUAUUCAACAAACUGAAAUAGAUGAAUUAAAGAAAGCUCCCCUCACUGCCGAUGAAGCAAAUAAUAUUGAAAUGUUAAAAAACUGGUGUACUGUUGCUGAGAAAACAAAAGAAGUUGUGGAAGAUAUAAAAAAUGACUUGGAGGAAAUUAAAGAAAUUGUGGCAACAAAAGCUGAUGUAGCUGAAGUUACACAAGAAAUGGCAACAAAAGCUGAUGUAGCAGAAAUGAAACAAGACAUGGCAACCAAAUCGGAUUUAAUAGAAGCAAGAGAAAUGUUACGUGGAGAAACAUGUUCGAAUCUUGCAAAGUGUAAUUUCAAAGGUCUUAUGAAAGAUCUUAACAAGAAAUACCUUGAAGGCACUAGACAAUGGAUAUUUGAAAAACUUGACACUUGGUUUAACGAUAAAAGUGAAGAUGCUUCUAAUGUCAUGAUUUUGAUUGCCGGUCCUGGUGUUGGUAAAAGUGUUUUUGCUGCUGAGGUGUGUCGACGAUAUUCUGAAAAGAAGAAACUUGCUGCUUCUCAUUUCUGCAGAUAUAAUCGAUCAGACGAGAGGAAUCCUCGAAUGUUGAUGGAAUCAUUGGCCUGUAGCAUGUGUGAUACAAUAUCAAAUUUUAAAAGUAAACUGAAUGAAGAAUUACAGAGAAAACAUUCCUACGAAUCAGUCACCGAUGCAUUCCGUGUUUUAUUAAAUAAUCCAUUGCAUUCAUUUGAACAUCAUGAACCAAUGCUUUUGGUUAUUGAUGCCUUAGAUGAAAGCCAAGUUGAUGGCAAAAGUGAAUUGUUGGAAUUGAUUGCAGAAGAAUUUGACCGACUGCCUAAAUGGAUUAAAAUUUUCAUCACGAGUCGUCCAGAACAUCCUGUUCAAAAGGAGUUGAAAGACAUGAAUCCUGUGGAAAUUACAACUCGUCCUCGUGAUGAAAACAAUGAAGAAGACCUGCACAAGUAUUUGAGAAUUCAGUUAAAUAAUGAGGUGCAAGAAGAUCACUACGUUCUUCAGUUAUUAGUUCAAAAAUGUGAGGGAUCAUUUCUUUAUGCGUAUCACGCACAACUGAGAUUGAGAGAAGAAAAUAUUGAGCUUACUUACGAAAACAUUCAAGAAUUAGUCCCUAGUGGGUUAAGCGGUGUCUACACAAAGCAAUUCAAAAGAGUAAAAGAAUUGUUAACGAAGAAAAGACCCGGAAAUUCUGUUAUCUCAGAAACUACUUUCAUGCAAUUUCUUGAAUUGUUGGCUGCCUGUCGGGAGUUUUUACCAUUAACUUUACUGUUUAGCUAUUUAGGUUUUUUUGGUGACAACAAGUUUGAAGUCGGCAGUAAAAUCAUUGAACUGUUAUCUCAAAUUUUGCCAGUUUACGAUGACUGUUUAACCGUGUAUCACAAAUCUCUAAUUGAUUGGUUGAAAUCAGAUGGUUACGAACAGCAUGAGUUUACAGUUAAUCCAAAAAAUGGUCAUAAGUUCUUAUGGCAUGCUUGUGAGAAAGAGUUAGAACAAAUUAAGAAGAUGAACAUUUUUGAAGAUCAGAUAAACACUGCUAUGAUUAAAUAUGCUUUGGAGAAUGGAAUCUAUCAUAUGUCAAAAUGUGGCGAAAAUGUUGACUUUAGUUGGGCAGUAGAUGUCAAAGUUGUUUGUGCGAGGUUAAUGUGUGUGGAAAGCAAUAGAUUUGAAAUGUGUAAAAUCAUUGAGGAACUAGAAACUUUCUUGAGAAAAAAUGUACUUGAGGAACAACUCUUUCAUUUGUUUAUUUUAAGGAGAUAUGAGUCAGAUAUGUUUGAUUGUAGCUUAAUUUAUUUACAAAUUGUUGCAAACGGAAUUCAUGGCAGUAACGACAAAAGAUUAUUGGCAAGGGAUUUAUUGAAACAAGGAAAGUUUGUUUCGUUUGAGGAUUUAGACACAACAUAUUUAACAAACCGUCAUCAUUUGACUAUCUCCAUGCAUGCUAACGUUACAUCUCUUUGUAUGUCGUCCAAUGAAGAACUUCUUGCUGUAGGAUAUGAAAAUGGUCAAAUAUCUAUUUUUGAACUUCCUGAAUUUACAGAAAGAUGCACUCUCGGCACUGCACUCGAUGAUUCGAGGUUAGUUAAGUUGAAUGUAGGUAGAAUUAUGUCUCGCUAUGACAUCUAUGACGAUGGAACUUUAAAGAUAUUUUGUUUUGCACAAGGAAACAUAUUUUGUUGCUCCUUUUCACCUACCUGUAAUAGACUGGUAACUAGUGAUGGAUCUACUGAAGUAAAGUUGUGGGACGUUAACAAUGGACGUUUGUUAUUUUGUUUACAGUCAGAUGAUGUCGUUAAUAGUUGCUCUUUCUCAGAUUCUGGUUUGUUCAUUACAGCAGAAUAUGUAAAGUAUUACGAUGAACUUCCUAAAGAUGUGUUCACUGCAUGGAGUUCAUUAACUUUGCAAAGAAUCGAUCGACGCUGCGUUGUUGAUUACCAAAAACUACAAUGCACCGAUAAAUAUUCAGAGUUCUUUGUUGCAGAAUUCGUCAAGACUUCGUAUAUCUUUCAAUUCCCAAAGGCAAUCGAUAUUUUUCAAGAAAAAUUACUAUACACUACCUACAUAUAAUGACAACACACCAUUAUCGUGAUUGUAUUUUUAUCAUACAAGCCAGAAUGGAAAGCUUUCUGAAAUCACUCAGUUGACAAAAUACAACGAUCAAGGAGAAAUCGUGUUUUGUUUACCAAAUUUUAGGUGUCCAUGUGUUGAUAGGAAUCUUGACAAAGUCCAUCCCAUCUCGUUUAGAGAAUUUUACGUUGUGCCGUAUUUUUCCAAGCUUAAAAUUUUCAAAACUGAUCAUCUUUGGAGACCUUCAUUUAUCUUUGAGAAAUUUAAAAUUGAAUGUUGUUGUUUUUCACCGGAUGGAUCUUUUUUGGCUGCUUUCGCUGUUGGUGACCACGUCAACAUUCAUAUUUGGAGCAUUGAACGUUGCACUAUUAUUCAAUCUGUACCAAUGCAACUGAAGAAUGCAUUGGGAUGUUGGUGGUCAGAUGGCUUACUGUGGAUUUGGGAUGGUUCUGAUCAUUUUACGAAGAUAUCAACUUCGUCUGAAAAUUUUGUAGAUUCUACUCAAGCAAAGCAAGUUAACAUUGGAUUUAAACCUAAGAAAAUCUUAACAUUUGGUGAUGUCUUAGUUUGUAUUGACGAAGAAAAGUUUGUUCAAGUUGUUAGAAUUAACAAAGGUGAGAUACAAUACAACAAAAGACUUCCUGUCAAGUGUUUUGAAUUAAAAGCAGCAGCUGUAUCACCUGAUAAUUCUGUUUUAACUGUAAACAAAACAGAAUACACAUUAUGGAAAUGGGGAAAUAACAACAAUGAACUUUACUUGAAACCUUGGCAUACUGCAGAAAUACACAUGAGAAUACCUUCAUUUUGCAGCGAUCCGAUAUCUGAAAAUUGUCCUGAUGUCAGUUGCUCUAUUAGUGAUAGUAACCAAGCGGUCAUUGCAUUUCACUUCUACAGUGACAUCCUGAGCACUGGCAUUUGUGUAAUUAAUGUGCAUAAAAAGAAUGACAUGGGUACGAUUUUCCAUUGUAUUGAUAAAUCAGAGUAUCUACUUCUUGAAAGCACAAUCGUACAUAAAUCAUAUUUAAUUGGUGAAUCUGAAGUCUCAUUUGCUGGUAGCAGUUUGUUUGCUCUAGAUUUAAACAGUGGUAAAGUAUGCGCUAGAUUUGAAGAUAUAAGUGAUGUAUUUUUUAUAACUAUGCAUUACAACACAGGAACUUUAGCUUUAGUAACAAAUGGUGGAUGCGGAAUUAAAUUUUUAAAACUUAAUGUUCCUGAAUAAAUCUAGUAACUCAACCUUUGUGGUUAUAUUAAUCUAUUGUAUUUACGAACAUUAAAUAUCACUUAAAACUAACAUAAAAAGUUCUUUAUAUCACAAAAAGACAGUUAUUUAUGGUAUCAACAGCGAACUCAAAAAUAUUGUAGAAGAAAUUGUCCAUAUCCUUUGUUUUAACCGUGGAAAAACUGUAUGUUUUUAAUUAUGUAAAAAUAUCACGGACAGAGAGAGAUAUUAGUUUUUUGUGAUGUAAAGUAAAGAUCUUUUUUGUCCUAUGAUUCCCGUCAACUUUCAAAUUUAUAUUUGGAGAAUUCAACACUAUAACAUUGUCAAAGCUGUGAUGAAAUUGAGAAUAUCACACGAAGAUGUUGAUUGUCGUAAGGAUGGUAGCUUGUUUUACAUGUGAAAAUUACCAAGAGUGAGAAACCUUUGAUCUCUGAACGAACACUAUAUUGAUGGUUUACUUUUUAAUACAAAUGUAUGGUCAGAUAAUUUGGUUAUUUUUAUUAUACAUUAAAGGUUCACUACAUAGAAAUGAAAGAAUGUCGACAACUCAUUCAUUGUGAGUCUGACAAUAUGGUGUUGUUGUAGAUGAAGAUUAUUUUGUUUAAAUUAUAGAGUGACUUUCUUUGGACAUUCUUUCAAAAACUGUAAAUAAACUUACGUUACGCAUGUUAAUAUCGUGGAAACAAGUUUUGUAUGAUGUUAAAAAUUCACAUUUAUAAAACACCAUCAUUAUGUCA